AUGGCUCGACGCAAUCUCCGGCUGCGUUUGCGUGCCAAUCUGUGCUCAGCCGCUGCAGUCGUAUUGCUGGGUGCUCGAGCCUGGGUCAGCCCAUUGUGGCCAAAGCAGACCAAGCUCUCAGCACUCACAGCAACGAGGGCUGCGGGAAAGGACUCUUGGGAUGCGCUGCGGCACUCCGAGGCUCUCUACGGAGAAGCCGGCAGUACCUGGCGUGUUGAAGAGGCCGGGCGCAUCCUCAACAGCAAUGCCUUGGAGACUUUGCAAACCUGGUUCCAACCAGCAGCAGACAGCUUGGACUCGGAAACCUCGGACGGAGUGGACGAUGCCUUGGCUGGUCUGCUGAAGGAUGAAGUGCCUUACGUGGUGGAGUUUCUGUCAGACAAGCAAUUCCCUGGGCCAAUCUGCCGGGCCUUUUGGCAGUCUGAGCUGUACUUGCGUGAUUUUCAACAGGUGGCGGGCCAAGCGCCGCUGGAGGAGUUCACCCAGACGGCAAAGCACGUCACAGACAAGAUCCAAGAGGACAUCGGUGGCGAGACACAGGCCCUUGAUCGCCUGGUGACGCGUCAGCAGUUUGGAGCCGCCGCUCGCUUCGGAUACUUCCUCCGGCGAGCCAAGCAGCGCUUGCGGCUGGAGUCCAUCAUGACAGGGCCCGUCGGGACUCUCGAAACCUACGUGGCGGAAAUGUCGGCGCAACAGCAGGUGGAGCUCGUGCGUGCAGCCAGCCGCGAAGCUUCUUCAGCCAUUGAGGUCCGUGCGACGGCCCUUUUCGGCAAAGCGUCCGAGCUUCUUCGUGCGGUCGCGGUCGGCGAGGUCUCGCCGCUGCCGCUGUCGCCGGAGGGACGUGCCAGGUGGGAUGCAGUAAAGAAAUUCUUGCAGCAGAGCAUCAUCGGUCGCUAUGUUGGCUUCAGGCUUGCCGUCGAAGCUGUGGCAUUCGGGGCAUCCCUCUUCGAUGCUGAGGACUGGCUCAGGUCUACUCACCGUACAUGGUUGUUUGCGAUGCAGAUGCGCUGCCAGAAAUAUGCUGUCGCACGACCACCAAGUCGUUGUGACAUGAGUCCAGCACGUCAUGCUGUCAUAUGCUGUCCAUGCUGCUUCGACAGCGGUGCGGGAGGAGGCCGCGGCACAGCACUACACACUUACCUACUCUGA